AUGGGCAAUGUUGAAACCUGUACUCUAGCCAACUGCACCGUCAAAGAGGGUUUAACUGCCAAAAACGAAACUUCCACCCUCUGCGGGGACUCGAUUCGAGACAACACUGCAGUUACGCCCAUAGUGACUGGAACCUCGGGGGCUCUUGCCAUUGUCUGUGUUAUACUUCGACUGUCAGAUCGAUUUCCCCAUUGGGAACGAUAUCAAUGGGCUGACCUUUGCGUGGUUGGCUCACUGGUUUUUGCAAUUCCCAUGGGAAUCCUGGAAUUUUUCAUGUCGAGUGAUGGGUUCGGCAAGGAUAUAUGGACAAUACCUUUCAGCAAGGUUACUCGAAUUGUCAAGUUUACCUGGAUAACGGAGAUUCUCUACAUGGUGGUUGUCGGGCUCACCAAGAUGGCAAUCCUCCUUCUCUACUGGAGAGUGUUCCCAACGCAACCUUUCCGCAACGUGGUCCUUGUCACACUGGUGGUAUGUGUUGCUUACAUGCUGGCCUUUGCUUUGGCAACUACCUUUCAUUGCUCCCCCAUAUCCUACACUUGGACCAGCUGGACCGGUGAGACCCGUGGCCGCUGUUUCAACUUCAAUCACUUUGCUUGGGCCCAUGCCAUCAUCAACAUUGUUUUCGACCUUUGGGUUAUACUUCUCCCCGUGCCGAUGCUAUUUCGUCUUCACAUGGGACGCCGCAGGAAGAUACAUCUUUUCCUCAUGUUCAGCGUCGGUUUAUUCAUCACCGUCGUUAGUAUUGUUCGUCUCAGCUCUCUGGUCCGAUUUGCAACGACAACGAAUCCCACAUAUGACAAUGUCCCCACGGCUUACUGGAGUGUGCUUGAGGCCUUUGUCAGCAUUAUAUGCACAUGUCUACCUGCAAUUCGAGCAUUACUUCGACGCAUUUUCCCAACCUGCUUUGGUAGCUCAUCUGACCCGAAGUCUGAUGAGCGUACAUAUCGCAUCUCGAAACCAACGCUCUCCAGCGGAGAGAUCAGAAAGACUGUGGGUCACAGCGUCACUGUCAUGCCUCGCAGUGGUGAUUCGGAUGUGAUUGAAUUGGUGCAAAACGGGGACAAAAAAGACCCUCGAUAUCCUUGGUGA